AUGGCACAAUUGAUAUUGCACAAACGAGCGGCCAAAGGAACUAUAGCAGGCGACCACUUAUUGGAGCUGCUCCCGUCCGAAUCGGCCAUGGAGCAAACGAUCGAGUAUCUCUCCAAGAAGCGCAAGCUAGGGAAAGAUGCUAUAAGAUCAUACGCGCAUAUACUUUCUGCAAAAGAUGACGACGAACGUUGUCAACGGCUGUUGGAAUACGGUGAUCAGGUGCCAAUUCACGUGCUGGCCUUUAUUUUGCGACCGACUUCGGCACUGCGGGAUACGUCCACACUUCGAGAUCUCAUUGAGCUAUACAAACUAAAGGGAACGCUUUCCUUGAACAAGCCGGGUACAUGUCCCUAUGUGUGGUCUCCAUACUAUUUCAAGAUUUCGUCACUACUUGCGGAACACUUGGCUCGCUCAGAGCCCAGGCUGUUGGUUAAUCUUGCUGGAGCGGUUUCUUCUCACUUAAAGGAUUACGUCGAGCCGGGAGGCUCACAAAAGAUGUAUGUGCGUCGUUGUCAACUAUUCAACAAGAUGCUUCAUAUAUUCCAGCCCCAGGCAAGUUUAUUGCCGAAGCAAUCACUCGUGGCCAACACCUACUUUUGGGAAUGCCAGCGCAUACUGCUGACAAUGUCGGAAACAUUUGAGCCGCCGCUGCAGGUCACUGGCGAGGGGUUUCGUGCAAUUCGGAACACUCUCGCAGGUAUGCCAAAAAACGAAGCCGAAAAGCACAGCGCUCUGCUGCAUGCUCCAUCGUGGCCACCAUAUCUGACGCCCGGGGAUGGCAUGGACGAGAUAACGGAUCCUGAGGCCAAUUGGAGCCGCACCGUCGAGGCCGGUAUGCUUAUGCAAGAGGCCGGUUUUGCCAAAUUCGAGGCCGAUGAUAGCCUGGAUAUUUUAACAGGGAUGGCACCUAAUGGGACGCCGACGAUUCAGCAGCGCACGCUCGCGGGAAGCCAUCGAAGCAUCAGUACGUGGGAGGCGUCUAUUCGCGCAACACGGGACGCGUACGAGGCGUGGGGUCGAUUCAACGAUGCUCCGAGCAAGGGUGCUGUACCCGGCGUGAGUGAAUACGCGGCCAUGUUUGAGAAGCUCAUGCUCAGAGAAGUCGGGCCGACCAGCAAGCUGCUUCCGGGAGACAAGGCGCAAAACUUUCCUGCAUAUCGUGCUGCCAACCUUGCAGACAUUGAAUGGGCAAAGUCUCAGCCGCCGAGCGUGGAAGAGCUCUACAACCAGAUGCGCCAGGCCGAUAUCAUACCCAGCGGACACUGUCUCUUUAUUCUGGUGGCCAACGCGCCGGAUCUGGGCACGGCACAUCGGUAUCUUGAAUUAGCUGCUGAGUUGGACCCGGAUAUUGCCAGCCUGAUGGCCCCCGAGAUUAACCGAUCUGCGCUACGCCGGGUCGGCAUGGGGCUCUUUUCCGCCUACAUCAGUAUGCUGGCGAGGCGGGAUGACUCGUCUGGGUGGGAAAAUCUGCAGCGAGCUAUUGCCCUCACAGAGGCCCGUCUUGGCGACAAGAGUACACGUUGGGCAUCGCUGAUUUGGGGGUCGAUCCUGAAGGGCGCGUCGAGGCACCACUCAGCAUUGCAAAUGUCGCAGUCGGACCAAGUUGAGCUCAUUAUGGCUAUUGCGAAACGGAUCGACCGCGGCCACGGGCUGACACUGGCCAACUUUGCUGAAUUGAAUCGAAGUCUACGGAAACUGAUACGCUACGAUUUACGUGCUUUGAUGGAUGACUUGCAACGGAGUGAGGGGUUGGCAUCGACGUCUUGGUCAGAGCUACCUCUACGGGGCCUUUACGAUGCGGCUGGUUACAGCGGCGACAGCACAAGGUCGGCAAAAGCGCAUGAUCAACAAGCAUCUCCUAUGUCGGGAACAUUGAAGUUUUUUGUCGAGUACAUCAAAGACGUGUUUGGCAGGUUUGAACGGAGAGAACGGUCCUACCAGAUGGCGGCGCGGGACAAUUACAUUUCGCCACUGGAUCGCAUGCUCUCUCGAAACGACGUUGUUCGGAGCGAGCACGCGUUGGAAUACAUGACGACGCUGGGAUACGCGGGCGAGUAUAAAGAGAUGAGGAAGCUGCUCCUGUUUCUGAUACGCGAAUGGGGCCAGCCGGAGCUGGUGCAGGAUCUGGUGGCGCUGGACGAGCUGCCAGCGUCUGCCGAUUUCUCCGAAGUGCUGUGCGUGUUCCGGCUGCUCGGGGAGCAGAUGCUGGGGGGCGCGAGGGUCGCGGAGGAGAUGCAGGACGCGGUGGCGGCGUCUGGCUUGCCGUGGACGUGGCCGGAUGCGAGGGAGGUUCAGGGCUACAUGCAGAUGGGUCGGCAUGAUUCGAUCAGGCAGGUACAGAGUGUCUUGGCGCGAGUGCGGGCGUCGAAGAGGGGGUCACAGGGCAAGACAAUAUCGGGAGGGGGGAGGGAUGGUGACGGUGACGGUGACUGGUUGGGAGGAUAG